AUGGAUAAAUCUUGGAUUGCUAAGCCACGAAACUCAGAUGAAUACAUAGUCGGUCUAGAAAACUUCUUGGAUUUUGCAUUUCAACAUGGAGCAAUUGAGAAUAGUAAGAUAAUAUGUCCAUGUCCAAGUUGUGGGUUUCGCAAAUGGCAUGCUCGAAAAGAUGUUAGAGAUCAUUUACUUUACAAACCAUUCCCUAAGAAUUAUGUUGUAUGGAACUUUCAUGGCGAGAAAGAAGUAACCGAAUUCUCAACAAGUGCACAUGUCAUGCGCGAGACAUUGGCAACUGAACAUCCCCUAGAUAACAUGGUAAAUGAUGCUUUCGGGAUACAUAUGGAUCAGGAGAGCGGUGAGGAUUCAGGCACGGAAGAUUUUGUAAACGAUGAGCCAAGAGAAAAUCGUAAAGACUUUGAUGAGUUUCUCAAGGAAGGCAAUCAAAAGCUACAUGAAGGAAGCGACUUCACAAAGCUAGAAUUCAUAGUCAAAUUGUAUCAUAUUAAAGUCUUGUGUGGACUAAGUGACAAGGCCAUUACCAUGAUACUUGAGUUGGUGAGGGAUGCUUUUAGUUGUGUGAAUUUGCCUACGACUUUUGAUCAGGCAAAAAAACUAAUUCGAAAACUAAGUCUUGACUAUGUUAAGAUAGAUGCUUUCCCCAAUGAUUGUAUGUUGUUCGAGGAUGAAGACCCAAACAACAUCCAGCAAACAUGUAGUCAUUGUGGUGCUUCUAGGUGGAAUUCUAAGAAGAAGAAGAAGAAAAAGCAAGCUGCCAAGGUUUUGAGAUACUUUCCGUUGAAACCAAGGUUACAAAGAUUGUUCAUGUGUCGUAAAACUGCAGAGCAUAUGUUAUGGCAUGCAACAGCGAAGGGAGAAAAUGACAAAAUGGUGCAUCCAAGAGAUGGAACUGGGGACCAUACAUUUGAAAAAAGAUUGCAUCUUGGUGGCCCAUUGGUGAAAGAAAAUAUUGCAAGAGUCCUUUCUAUGGACAAAGACGUCCAAUGCUGCAGCGUGGGGCAGAAUUUUUGUGUUAGUGACUUGCUUUUAUUAGGAAGAGCAAUCGUUGAAGAGGCACGCAGUCUCUUACACUGGUUGGACUCUCAGGCUGGUUUUGGCAAGAUGGGUGUUUGUGGACUUAGUAUGGUUUCGUCUGCACUUCCUUCAGACUUGCGGCAGUUCCAUCUGCGCUUUCUUCCGGCGGUUCCGUCUGCAUCCGUUUUAUCAGCAACUUGA